ACAGUUUAUAUAUACCAAAACCUCCAUCCUUUCGACUCAGAUCACUCACUUGGAAUCAAAAUCUCAAACCUCUCGAUGGAUCUCCGAUUACCAUCUAAGGUUCUUGAGCACAUCUUCUCCUUCGUCGACUCCAACGAGGAUCGAAACUCUGUUUCUCUUGUCUGCAAGUCAUGGUACGAGACCGAGCGGCGAACUAGGAAAAAGAUCUUUGUCAGAAACUGUUACGCGGUUACACCUGAGGCGGUUGCACGGCGGUUCCCGGAGAUGAGGUCUCUGACUCUUAAAGGGAAGCCUCACUUCGCUGACUACAACUUGGUUCCAGACGGUUGGGGUGGUUAUGCUUGGCCGUGGAUUGAGGCUUUGGCGGAGAAGAGCCCGUCUCUUGAGGAGUUGAGGUUAAAGAGAAUGGUGGUGACUGAUGAGUGCUUGGAGAAGAUCGCUGCUUCGUUUAAGGAGUUUAAGGCUCUUGUGUUGACUUCUUGUGAAGGUUUCUCCACUGAUGGUCUUGCAGCCAUUGCAGUAGCUUGCAGUAACCUUAGAGAGCUGGAAUUGCGAGAGUGCAUAGUUGAAGAUCUUGGAGGAGACUGGCUUAGCUAUUUCCCAGAGACUUUGACUUCUCUCGUCUCUCUUGACUUCUCUUGUUUAGACUCAGCGGUUAAACUCUCAGACUUGGAGCGUCUCGUGAGCAGGUCUCCAAACCUCAAGUCUCUCAAGCUGAAUCGAGCUGUGAGUCUAGAAGCUUUGGGGAGCUUGCUUCGUCUAGCUCCACAGCUGGUUGAGCUUGGCACAGGUUCUUUCUCAGAUAAGCUCGAUCAAGAAGCAGUUUCAAAGUUAUCACAAGCUUUUUCAGAGUUGAAGCAGCUUAAGAGCUUGUCUGGUCUUUGGGAUGUCCACCCUGAGUACAUUCCACUUCUUUACUCUGUUUGUCCUCGUCUUACCUCGUUGAACUUGAGCUAUGCUACUGUCCAGAUGCCUGAUCUUGUCGAGCUUCUUAGUCGAUGCUCCAACUUGCAGAAGUUAUGGGUGAUGGACUUGAUAGAGGACAAAGGUCUCGAAGCUGUUGCCUCCUCUUGUAAGGAACUGCGAGAACUAAGGGUGUUUCCAUCUGGAGCAGAAGAUCUGGAUGAAACAAAUGUAGCUAUGACUGAACAAGGUCUGGUCUCUGUCUCUGAAGUCUGUCCAAAUCUUGAAUCUGUUCUCUACUUUUGUGUCCAAUUUACAAACGAAGCUUUGGUCACCAUAGCAAGAAACCGUCCAAAUCUCAAAUGCUUCCGUCUCUGUGUGAUGGAGCCAUUUUCUCCUGAUCACAAAACACAGAAGCCACUUGAUGAAGGAUUCAAAGCCAUAGUUGAGGGAUGCAAGGAUCUUCAACGUCUAUCUGUCUCUGGUCUCCUCACUGACAAGGCCUUUCAAUACAUUGGUACACAUGGCAAGAAGAUUAGGAUGCUAUCAAUAGCGUUUGCUGGGGAAAGUGACUUGAUGCUACACCACUUGUUGUCAGGAUGUGAGAGUCUGAACAAGCUCGAGAUAAGGGAUUGCCCUUUUGGAGACACUGCUCUGCUGGAGAACGCUGCUAAACUAGAAACCAUGCGGUCCCUUUGGAUGUCGUCUUGCUUUGUUAGCUUUGGUGCUUGCAAACUCCUGAGUCAGAAAAUGCCAAAGCUAAAUGUUGAAGUCAUUGAUGAACAUCCUCCAGAGACAAGACCUGACAGCUCUCCAGUUGAGAGGAUAUACAUAUAUAGGACGCUCGCAGGACCGAGACUGGAUAUGCCUGAGUUUGUGUGGACAAUACACAAAAAUCUAGAGAUUGGAGUUUCAAAUCUAGCCAUAGAGUAAACUUGCUGUUUCCAUAUUGAGUUUUUGCAUGCAUUGUUGUGAGGGAUGCUCCUUCCAUGACCAUGUAUGUUUGUUGCUUUCAUAUUAUUGUCUUCACUAAAUUGUUAGAAUCAUCAGCAUUUUAAUAGCUUUGUAAUAUGUUAAGCAAAUCUUGUGUCUUUGCACUAAAGUUUGGAAUACAAAUUUCU